CCUAACUUUAACCUAAUUAUCCUAACCUGAUACGUUAAUUCACCUAACCUGAUACGUUAAAUAUCCUAACCUGAUACGUUAAUUCACCUAACCUGAUACGUUAAUUCACCUAACCUGAUACGUUAAAUAUCCUAACUUGAUACGUUAAUUCUCCUAACCUGAUACGUUAAAUAUCCUAACCUGAUACGUCAAUUCUCCUAACCUGAUACGUUAAAUAUCCUAACCUGAUACGUCAAUUCUCCUAACCUGAUACGUUAAUUCUCCUAACCCUGAUACGUUAAAUAUCCUAACCUGAUACGUUAAUUCUCCUAACCUGAUACGUCAAUUCUCCUAACCUGAUACGUUAAUUCUCCUAACCUGAUACGUUAAUUCUCCUAACCUGCAGUCUAAAUAGUCCUAACCUGAUACGUUAAUUCUCCUAACCUGCAGUCUAAAUACUCCUAACCUGAUACGUUAAUUCUCCUAACCCUGAUACGUUAAUUCUCCUAACCCUGAUACGUUAAUUAUCCUAACCUGAUACGUUAAGUCUCCUAACCCUGAUAUGUUAAUUCUCCUAACCCUGAUACGUUAAUUCUCCUAACCUGAUACGUUAAUUCUCCUAACCCUGAUACGUUAAUUCUCCUAACCUGAUACGUUAAUUCUCCUAACCUGCAGUCUAAAUACUCCUAACCUGAUACGUUAAUUCUCCUAACCCUGAUACGUUAAUUAUCCUAACCUGAUACGUUAAGUCUCCUAACCCUGAUAUGUUAAUUAUCCUAACCCUGAUACGUUAAUUCUCCUAACCUGAUACGUUAAUUCUCCUAACUCUGUGGUGUGUCUGGUCUGGCUGUGGUCUCUGUGGUGUGUCUGGUCUAGCUGUGGUCUCUGUGGUGUGUCUGGUCUGGCUGUGGUCUCUGUGAUGUCUCUGUGGUGUGUCUGGUCUGGCUGUGGUCUCUGUGGUGUCUCUGUGGUGUGUCUGGUCUGACUGUGGUCUCUGUGGUGUGUCUGGUCUGACUGUGGUCUCUGUGAUGUCUCUGUGGUGUGUCUGGUCUGACUGUGGUCUCUGUGGUGUGUCUGGUCUGACUGUGGUCUCUGUUGUGUGUCUGGUCUGGCUGUGGUCUCUGUGGUGUGUCUGCUCUGGCUGUGGUCUCUGUGGUGUGUCUGGUCUGGCUGUGGUCUCUCCCAUGUUUCUGUUGUGUGUCUGUUCAUGGUCCAGCUGAUAUCCCAUGUGCUGACCCCAGGGUGCAGUAUCGUGGCAUUGGUUGCCAUGUGUUUUCAUGUGAACAGCCUGCUGGGCUGGCCUGUCUGUGAAGGGAUGACCUGGACAGAGAGGGAGGAUCUUCUUAACAGCAGUGACCGCUGCCCAGAUCCACAGCCCUAUUUAACCUGCUUGGCCGUCUCCUAUAGCAUCACACACACUGGAUACAACAGGAGGAUACUACAGGAAGAUACUACAGGAGGAUCCUACAGUAGGAUCCUACAGGAGGAUACUACAGGAAGAUACUACAAGAAGAUACUACAAGAAGAUACUACAGGAGGAUCCUACAGGAAUAUACUACAGUAGGAUCCUACAGGAAGAUACUACAGGAGGAUCCUACAGGAAGAUCCUACAGGAAGAUCCUACAGGAGGAUCCUACAGGAAGAUACUACAGGAAGAUACUACAGGGGGAUCCUACAGGAAGAUACUACAGGAGGAUCCUACAGGAAGAUACUACAGGAAGAUACUGCAGGAGGAUCCUACAGGAAGAUACUACAGGAGGAUCCUACAGGAAGAUACUACAGGAGGAUCCUACAGGAAGAUACUACAGGAGGAUCCUACAGGAGGAUCCUACAGGAAGAUCCUACAGGAAGAUACUACAGGAGGGGCACUGAGCCUGACACUCUCUAGCUGUGAUCCUGACAAAGCUCAUGUAAUGUGGGUCGCUGAACAGAUCCGUGUUUCAGUGGCCAAAAACAACCUUCUGUUGCCAAUAGCGGAGUACAGCCUCCGCAUCUCAGACAUCAUGUUGGGAGAAAGAACACCUCGGGAGAACGGAAGGAAAACGAUCUCUGUGUGUCCUAACAUCAUCACUCCGAAUACAAUCCCAGAGUUCUGCAUCCCACCAAAGAUCUCGCCACAGCAGGAGCUAAAGACGGUGGACUGGAGUAAAACUAGCCCUGUUGGAAAGGUGUCCUUUUCACCUGAGAAGGGCAGCAGCCCGGAGAGGGAGGUAGCAGUGAGAGAACCCUUCAUCAACACUCAUCCGACCCUCAUCCAGGUAGAGAGCGUGGACGAGACUCCAUACGACCAGGGCUUCAGUGAUGAGGAGAGUACCAACGCCGACCCCCAGAGCCAAGCAGCUCUCUCCCUGCCCCACCUGGCCAAGGCCCAGACCUGCUACGGUUUCUGUACCCUCCUGGAGAGCCCCCACACCCGGAGAAAAGAGUCUCUGUUCCACAGCCACCCCAACGCCUGCCCCCUCCCCCUGAUCGCUGCCUCUCCCGGGCCUCGCGGCCGCUCCAAAACCUACUCCUCCAGAACCUCAUCUCUACCCCACUCCCAGUCAUCCUCCUUCAGCCUCACCAAGCUGACCUCCGGCAGGCUGUCUCCGGGAGGCUCCAGGCUGGUGGCUCUCCAGAGACAGAGCACCCUGGACAGUGACACCGCCUCCUCCGCCGAGUCUUCCCCCUUCAGCUCCCCUCUCCUGGCCAGGCCGCCUCCCAAGUCCUCCCUGCUCAAAGUCCUGAGCCACGACAGACUGCUGUCCCGGACUAUGAGGAAAGCUGUGCUCUCCAGAAACAACUCUCUGUCCACGGAUGAAGGCAGCUCCACGGACAACAGCCCCAAUAUCAUCCGGAGAGCCUCUGAUGCUGGAUUAGUAGAACCCCUUCCAGGUGCCUUCACCCUGGCUCCCCCUGCCAUCUUCCCCAUAGACCUCGUCCUCCACAGAGAGAGGGUCAUGAAGGAGAGUCUAGCUCCUGUAGGUAGAGAGGGGGCACUACGGCUCUCAGCAGAGUACUGCCUAGACAACCAGAGACUCAGAGUGAGGUUGAUCAGUGCUGAGGGACUGUAUGCUAUCGCUGUGGAUCCUAAGAGCAUCAACUGCAGCAUCGGUAUCUGUCUGUUACCGGGGAAGAUUCAGAAGCAACGCAGCGCGGUGAUUAAGAGGAGCAGGAACCCCCUCUUCAAAGAGGAUUUCUUCUUCUAUGGUAUCUCACAGGAAGAUAUCUGCUGUCGGUCGCUGCGGUUCAAAGUUGUCAACAAAAUGUCCUCCAUGAAAAGGGACUAUAUUUUGGGAGACUGUGAGAUUUUGCUGAAACGUUUAUUAUCUAUGUAGAAAUGGUUUAUUUGCAAGUCAGUUAAAGAAGAAAUUCUUACUUUCAAAGAUGGCCUAGGAACAGUGGGUUAACUGGCCUAGGAUCAGUGGGUUAACUGCCUGUUCAGGGGCAGAACAACAGAUUUGUACCUUGUCAGCUCAGGGGUUUGAACUUGCAACCUUCUGGUUACUAGUCCAACACUCUAACCACUAGGCUACCCUGCAGCCCCUCCACUCUAACCACUAGGAUACCCUGCCGCCCUUCCACUCUAACCACUAGGAUACCCUGCCACCCCUCCACUCUAACCACUAGGAUACCCUGCCGCCCUUCCACUCUAACCACUAGGCUACCCUGCCGCCCUUCCACUCUAACCACUAGGAUACCCUGCCGCCCCUCCACUCUAACCACUAGGAUACCCUGCCGCCCCUCCACUCUAACCACUAGGCUACCCUGCCGCCCCUCCACUCUAACCACUAGGCUAC